AUGGAUAGCCUGACCAACAUUUACGGCGGUCAGGACUUGUACAGAAUUGACCAGUCAUCUGAAGAGUCCAGCAGCAAAGACCCGGAAAGGUCGGAGAGCAAGCUUGCUUGCCCGCACGGAGGUCAUCACCAUGAGAAUCAUGGGGACCAAGAGCAAGGGGAUCAAGAGCAUGGGGGUCACAAGACUAGACGUUUUGUGAGAAUCAAGUCACUUGAGCCAACGGACACUGGUGGUAGACUGGUGCACCGACCUUUGGCUACCAAGUCGGUGGCGUUUAAGUCACCGUCGGCUCACCAGGUGGCUGCCAAGCCAUUUAGUAGGUUGCUCUUGGAUGGAGAUGAAAUGGAUGAGGAAGCGGGUAAUAGGUUCCAUCCUUUUUCUGAUGUGGUUCGGAGGCAUAGCAGCCUAUUUACCGACGAGUCAGUUUCUGAGCUGGGUAGCCCGGGGCCGGUGUCGAGCGGUUAUCGCGAGCUGCCGGCUCCGACGAAGGAGCGGAAUUUCAUUCAGAGGAUCUUCCAUCGCUGGUUUACCUUCAAGUCCAGUGUGGGGGAGGUGGACCCAGCGGAAGACUAUCUCACUGGCUUCCGAACGCUGCCCAUACCCUCGUUGGGAGUUGGACGAAUGUCUCGACAACUGAUCUGGAGUUUAAUGUUCGGUCAUAAUGCAGGAUUCGCCACGAGGUUACUGAACCUUCCUCCCGGUACAAUAUGGGAGCAGAUGAGGCUGCUACUUCCGAUCCUGAAUGAGAUGGCCUGUACCAUGGCGUACUCCGUUUGUUGGACAUUAACAUUUAAUCAAGUACGACAAGAGUACGCUGACUCGCACCCUAAUGGUCCUGUUUGGCCGGGGACAUUUGCCGCAGAACGCGCCCGGCUUCGAACCGGCACGACCCCUAUUGGUACGACCCCUAUUGGUACGACCCCUAUUGGUACGACCCCUAUUGGUACGACCCCUAUUGGUACGACCCCUAUUGGCAAUGUGGCUAGUGCCCGUGCGCUGGUCGUUGGGAUAUGGCCACUGGGAUCCCUGAACGACCAGUACUGGUGGGGGGAGGUGCCUACUGUAUUGUGGGCGCUGGUAGGCGCCUUGUCGGCGUGGAUGCUUCUGGUCGACAUGGCUUGUUUGUUUCGGCUCGUACCGUUCCGGGAUCUCGUGUUCAGUUCUGUGUGCCACAUGGCCAAGGAAGUAUGGUUCCUGUUUGCUGUGUUGAAUUCCGUGACCUACAGUCGCGUGACCCUGAAGAAGGAUAUUGAACAAGCUACGGUCAACCUCCGAAUACGCACCCAGGUCCCCUUCCCUCCUGUGAUACCCGGAGCGUCCUGGAUUCAGCUGCUGUGGCGAUGGCUACCCUCGCUUUUGAUCAUAUUCAAAAUGGUAAAGAACUUCUCGCUAAUCAGCUCCGUUCUCCUGUGCCGCAAGUACAAACGUUAUAACGUGCCACACCCCAAGUACGAGUCCUUCCCAGGCUAUCCGGAAAUACUAAUCCACUGCGAUCCGACCGAUCUACAAGACCUCCCAGACGCUACGGUACGUCCUACUACGGCACGUCCUACUACGGCACGUCCUACUACGGCACGUCCUACUACGGCACGUCCUACGACGGCCGAUGCGGUGCCCACAUCCUCCCAGGACUCCCUACUGAAAACUUCAUGCCUAACAGAAGAUGCCAUCUUUACACGAAAUGCCAAUGGGAGCAAUGAUGGCAGUUCCGUGAUGCCUUCACCCCCCUUGACGGCCGCUGCCGAUGAAGGUGGGGGUGAUGAUGAAAGCGGAGCUGCUGAUGAAGGUGGUGAUGUAAAUGAUGAAAGUGGGGUUGCCGAAGAAGCUGGAAAUCAUGAUGGAGCCGGAGCUGCCGAAGAAGCUGGAAAUCAUGAUGGAGCCGGAGCUGCUGAUGAAGGUGGUGCUGCUGAUGAAGAUGAAAACGGUGGUGAGAAAGAGGGUGAAGAAUCAGGAACCAAAUCCAAAUUUGGCGAACCCAACAGCAACAAAUUGUCGAGAGAUAAAGCUACCGUCCAGGUCGCAUCUGGUAGAGCGGAUGAGGAAGGAUAUAUUCCGGUGUCAUCACUGUUACUGUAUAAUCUAAGUGUUAAUUUUACGGGUCCUGUUUCUCUUCACAGUCGAGUAUUGGAGGGGAAGGAUUUGAUAAAGUCCUUGCGGUUACUGGACCUUAUAAUGACACGGCAGUACACCAAUAUACGUUUGAAAGCUUUGGUUGCCCUGUUCCUGUUCUUUCUAUACCCUGCCUGGACGACGGCAGCAGCUUUUAGCGUUUCUUUGUCCAUGAUGGGGAUCUACUGGUUAGUCUCGCACGCAAUGAGACUACUGACACUCCGCACUCUAGAAGUCCAAGAUCUACUUCCCAAAUUGAUCUCCCAUUACAACCAGUAUACUUUCACCCCUAAUGACCGGCUUUUUCUAAGCCUGUCCCACGUAGAUGAAAACUUUCGAAAGCACGGUCUAUUCUCAGCACCGGGCAGGACCUGA